AUGCUUCAGAAACUGCUUUCUGUAAAGAGGUAUGAAGAAGAAGAAAACAUGCUCAAUGAGAUGACGGCAAAGGAUUUCCGAUGCAAAGAGCCGAGAGUGUUCAAUAGCUUAAUCAGGAGUUUUAGCGAGGCAUCAAUGAUGGAAGCAGUUUUCAAGGUUUAUGAUCGGAUACAUGAUUUUUGUGAGCCCAAUGUUGAUACGUUUAAUGCUCUUCUUAAUGCACUGGUGCAAAACAAUAGUUUUGAAAUAGCUAUUUCGUUCUUUAAUAAAUUGGUCUGUGCCAAAGUUCCUGUCUCUGUUACGACUUUCAAUAUUGCCAUGAAUGCACUUUGCAAGGCUCACAGGGUAGAGGAUGUUGUUGAGCUCUUGAGGCAAAUGCCCGAACAGCGUUACCUGCCCGAUACAUAUACUUACAAUACGCCAAUAAGAGGAUUUUGUGACAAAGGAAAUACCGACGAAGCAGUUGAGUUACUCGUCGAGAUGACAAUUGUUACCUACACUUUGCUGAUAUGGGGCAUGGCCAAAGAGGGAUACAUUGACCAAGCUGUAGAAAUUCUACGCCAGAUGCCAGACAGGGGUUGCUCUCCAAAUGUGUUCUCGUAUUGCUCUCUCAUGGCCGGUUCCUACAAAUAUGGAAGGUUUUCUGAUGUUUAG